UAAGUUUAUAUCACAUUAAUAAAGAGCGUUCCCAAGUUAAGUAAUAGAAUACGUGUUUAUACAAUACUAAAAGACGUUUAUAUCCUGUUGAAUACCGUUUGUCGCUCCUGGUGAGAAUUAGUCCUAAAAAUAUCACGUCUCCUGUUUCUCGAAAAUGAGACGUCUCUCUUUCAUUCGUUAUUCGGUGGACGUGGUUGUACACGCACGCGGUCGCACGUGUCGGUUUAUAAAAUUAUCAAAGUUUGAACUUCUACAUUUAGUGUAAAUGUUUGUUUACACGCUUACAUUUUAUAAUCGUGUAUAACGUGACAUUGUUACUUGGGAAUGUUGUAGAGUGAUUUUCAAUAAAUACUUCCACGGUAUGGAUUUCUAACCUUUCUCGAUCUAACCUCUAGAAUCAUCAAUAACUCAAGUAGUACCGAGCAUUUCAGGAUGAUGGACGAUACAGCGUUUUCCUCGUUGGAGGAUAAAAUUUGCGAAAACACAUUGAAGGCAGUGAAUGAUAUGGGUUUCACUGAUAUGACUGAAAUACAGGCACGUGCUAUUCCUCCAUUACUCGAAGGAAGAGAUCUCGUUGGUGCAGCGAAGACAGGUUCUGGAAAAACACUGGCGUUUCUGAUCCCAGCUGUAGAAUUGAUCUACAAGCUAAAAUUUAUGCCACGUAAUGGAACUGGUUGUAUAAUAAUAUCGCCAACUCGUGAAUUGUCUAUGCAAACGUUUGGAGUAUUAAAAGAAUUGAUGAAGUAUCAUCACCAUACGUAUGGCUUGGUAAUGGGUGGUGCUAGUAGACAGGCGGAAGCUCAAAAGCUGUCUAAGGGAAUUAAUAUAUUGGUUGCUACCCCUGGAAGAUUAUUGGAUCACCUGCAAAACACCCCGGACUUUCUUUAUAAAAAUCUUCAAUGCCUUGUCAUCGACGAGGCUGAUAGAAUUUUGGAUAUUGGAUUUGAGGAAGAACUAAAACAAAUCAUCAAUAUCUUACCAAAAAGAAGGCAAACGAUGCUUUUCAGUGCCACGCAGACGAAAAAGACUGAGACUAUAACUACACUUGCUUUAAAAAAGGAACCAGUAUACGUUGGUGUUGACGACGAGAAGGAGCAAGCAACUGUAGACGGCCUAGAACAAGGUUAUGUCGUAUGCCCGACAGAAAAACGUUUCCUCCUACUUUUUACAUUUUUAAAGAAAAACCGUAAGAAAAAGCUCAUGGUGUUCUUUAGUUCCUGUAUGUCGGUCAAAUAUCAUCACGAGUUGUUGAAUUAUAUCGACCUGCCAGUUAUGUGCAUACACGGGAAACAAAAACAAGUGAAACGAACGACAACAUUUUUCCAAUUUUGCAACGCCGACUCUGGAAUUCUGCUCUGUACCGACGUAGCUGCCAGAGGUCUUGACAUUCCCCGUGUCGACUGGAUAGUGCAGUACGAUCCUCCGGAUGAUCCAAAGGAAUACAUUCAUCGAGUCGGUAGAACAGCUCGAGGUCAAGGAGGUAGUGGCCACGCACUGUUAAUUUUGCAGCCAGGGGAAUUAGGCUUUCUUCGUUACCUGAAACAAGCCAAAGUACCCGUCAACGAAUUUGAUUUUUCCUGGAACAAGAUCGCAGACAUUCAGCUACAGCUGGAGAAGUUGAUCUCGAAGAACUACUUUUUGAACAUCUCGGCGAAGGAGGCGUUCAAGGCCUACGUGAGAGCCUACGAUUCGCACCACCUCAAGAACAUCUUCGACGUGGAGAGUCUGGACCUCGCGAAGGUGGCCAAGUCCUUCGGGUUCACCGUACCUCCGGCUGUUGAUCUGAAAGUGGGAGUCAGCAAGAAGUCACGGCCGAGAAAGAGGCUGGGCGGAGGUGGCUAUGGCUACUUCAAGAACAUGAACAAUACCAACGCCGAGAGGGAGAUCAAGCGCAGCAAGACCUACCGUCAGGUGGGCAAGUCCUCCGAUGAUAAGAGACAAUUUAGCAGGUAAUCUUUGGACGAGCUGCCCUGAUCUGCCCACCUGCUCCGGAGAUGGGAUGCACUUCCAGAAGAGGACCGUGGAAUCGUUUAAAAUCAGCUGGACGAGGAGUUCUCUGAAACGGAUCGUUAGCGACAUUUAAGAACAUUUCAAACAUCGGAGGAUAACUUAAUGAAUUUCGGCUAGAUUAAGUUUAAGCGAAACUAGCAUCUAGUUAGGUAAUUUCAACGACCCAAGAGGAGUCAUCUAGGUAGCGAAUGUCCUAGGUAAUGCGUUAUCGUGAUUAUAUAUAUAUUAUGAUAUAUAAUUCGGCGUUUCUUGUAAAAAAUAAAAUUCGAAG